CACACACACACACACUACUCAGUACCCUCGGACAACACUGGGGUUACGACUAGGAUUUUCUCACGAUCCCUGAAGGAUUAUUUUAUUGUGUUUUUGACUUUAUUCUACCUCAGUUUUACCGUAUUUUCUUUGAGGAUGUCUGUGGCGGGUUUGAAGAAGCAGUUUCAUAAAGCCAGUCAGUUACUGAGUGAGAAGAUAAGCGGUGCUGAAGGAACAAAGCUCGAUGAGGAUUUUAUGGAGAUGGAGCGGAAAAUAGAUGUCACCAACAAGUCUGUGUUUGAGCUCCUGACCAAAACCACAGAAUACCUCCAGCCAAACCCAGCAUCACGAGCCAAACUGGGAAUGCUGAACACCAUGUCAAAGAUCAGAGGGCAGGUAAAGACCACCGGUUACCCGCAGACAGAGGGACUUCUCGGGGAUUGCAUGCUCCGGUAUGGCCGUGAACUUGGAGAUGACUCAACAUUCGGUUGUGCUCUGUUGGAUGUGGGUGAGGCUCUGAAACAAAUGGCAGAUGUUAAGGACUCGCUCGAUAUUAGUGUGAAGCAGAACUUCAUUGAUCCACUGCAGACCUUGCAGGACAAGGACCUCAAGGAGAUAGGGCAUCAUCUGAAGAAACUAGAGGGACGGCGGUUAGAUUUGGACUAUAAAAAGAAGCGGCAGGGGAAGAUUCCUGAUGAUGAAAUCAAGCAGGCUGUGGAGAAGUUUGAGGAGUCUAAGGAACUUGCAGAGAGGAGCAUGUUCAACUUCUUAGAAAAUGACGUGGAGCAGGUGAGUCAGCUAGCGUCUCUGAUCGAGGCAGCACUGGAGUAUCACCGUCAGUCCUCUGACAUCCUGGAGGAACUCAGUGGCAAAUUACACAGCAGGAUGAACUCAGCAAACAGUAAACCUAAGAAGGAGUUCAAGCCAAAGUCCAUUAUGUCCAGCCUGGAGACCAUCAAUAGCAAUCAGCAUAAUGGCGUCUCCUACACUUCCUCUCUAAAAUCCACAGAUAUACAAGUAAACCACAGUGUAAAUGGAAAAAUUGAUUACAUCAGCCAUCCACCUCCCAUUAAUCCAGUGUGGCCCGAAAGCCAGAGAGUAAACAGUCAAACGGAGCUGCACAUGGACCAGCCGUGCUGUCGCUCACUGUACGACUUCGAACCCGAGAAUGACGGGGAACUCGGUUUCAAAGAAGGAGACAUCAUCAUCCUCACCAACCAGAUCGAUGAGAACUGGUACGAAGGGAUGAUCAACGGCGAGUCAGGCUUCUUUCCCAUCAACUACGUCGAGGUCCUAGUGCCCCUACCGCAAUGAGGCUUGUAACACUGACUCAAGAGACACACUCUAUAGAAGCUUCAUCUUUUACUGCUUUAUUUUUCAGCAUCAAAACCUAGUGAGUCAAGACAACUGGAAUUGAAGUAUGAUCUUCAUGAGUAGAAAAACAUUUAAAAAGGUUAAAACAAGUCCAGUUAUCUUGAUUCAUUAUUUCUGAAAAAAUGGUAGGUUUUAUUUUUCAGUAUUUAUUUCUCUUUUAUAUGCAGUAUUCUUUGUGCGCUUCUGAUUUUUAACUACAUGGAUGGCUAGCUCUCUACUUUUUGUUUGUCUUUUUUUUUUGGUUUGUAUGUCUUUUUGUAGUUUGAGUGCCUGCACUGAGCUUACAAGUCACCAGAACACAAUUUAUACAGUGUGACUAUCUGUACUGCUACUCAUGGGAAUGUUUAUUUCCCUAAGUACUUAAUCUCUUGCGCACCUGCUCUUUUUUUCUGUUUAUACUUGACUUUUUGUGAUUAUCUGAAAUCUUGACAGCAGUAACAAAUGUGAUAUCGAAAUCGAAGCAGAGAUUGAGUUACAGGGUGGAUGAUGUGGCAAUAAUAUCCCAUUAUAUUACUUUUCUCACAAAUGCACAGUAUUUAUUGUUACUUAGGUUUUGUUCGAAAUCUUUCAGACACAAAUAAAUAGGACAGUUAAAACAAAGAUAAUCAGAUAACAAUGAACUAUUUGUUACUUUGACUUUGAGUGAAGAGAGAAGGACAACAUAAGGCAGGAAUUCUUAAUCUGUUUUGGACACGAAGUCUAUUUUAAAGGACCAAAAUUCUUACCAUUUAAAAAAAAUGGAAAGCAAGUGCAAAUAUCUAAAUAUUAUAAACAUUAAAUAAAUAAUACAAACUGAACGAUUGCCCAGGUGUCGUUUAGAUUCAGGGGCAGGCUCUGCUAAAUAUACAAUAAAUAUUGUAUGUAUUUGUGGUGUCUGUUAGGAAAUAUGGUGAUGCAAUUGUGAAAUAUGGUGAUGCAAAUCUUAAAUAGAUACUCUGCAUGCUGCCAGUGUCUGUUAUGAAGGCCACAGUCAUGUACAGUGCAUUAAAUCAUUGUGCCAAGAGCUAAUGAAAUAACAAUUAUGUGAUAUUAAUCGGACAUGGAAUUCUUAUUUUAAAAUCAUUUCAUGAAUCAAGUGCAUGUGCAUUAUAAGACUGUAUCUGACUUUGCCUCUGACCCCCAGGAGCUGAUGGUGUAAAGACUAUUAUAUAGAAACAGAACAUUUCUCAGUCCUGAUCAAGGGGAUCCACGACCCUAUAGAUUAUAGUGUUUCUCUUCCACCAUUAACAUUUACAUUUAAUCUCUUUUGGUGCUGCCACCAAUUUAGCAGAUUCAGCACAUCUAUGAGCUUAUUAUUAAGGCUAAAGGCAUUAAAUUAAUUACAGAAGGGAAAACACUAACAUUGGGAAAAAACAUUAGUUAAUGAAAAAAAAAAUCUUUACAAAAUCACCUUGUCUGAUUUAUUUACAGGCUGCAACAACAACAUGCUUUUUAUAAUGCAGAGUUUAAAAGUAGCUAAAAAAAUAAAAUAAAACAAAGACGAUGAGAAUAACUCAAUUCGUUAACUUAAAAACAAAAAAAGAGAUACAAUUAAAAUAGUUUAGUACUGAAGCUUAAGGAGAAAUGUAGCUAACAAGAAAUGGAAGUCUGAUAUUUAGGACACAUAGGACCUGAUGGUUUGAUAGUAACCUGAUAAUCUUUUUAUUAUUAUUCACAUAAGACAUAAUGUUUAAGCUCAGUCACGAUACGUUUUAUAAACAUAUGUAAUCAGUUAGAUGUUAGAUGGACAGCCCAUAACAAAAUUCUAACUGCAGGUCAAAGAAGAUAAGUUCAGGAAUAAACGAGUGGUUAAGCCUCUGUAUCACAACAUAUUAUGAUUUGAUGUAUCACAUUGUCACAUCAGCCACCUGUGAAAACUUCUCUCACUUACUGAAGUGCUUCUUUAUUUUGGGAUUAUGGUCAUAUUGCACUAAAGCUUUAGUAUCAACAGUCACAAGGCACAUAGAUCUCCUGUUUGCACUUCCUACUUCAUCUCUCUGCACAAAUUGACAUUAACCACAUUCUGAAUUCAUGAACAUGUUUCAGUAUAUUGAAACAUUACUUUUCUUACUGACGGUCCACAACAAAUCCCAUCUGUUCACCAUCAAAGCUAAGAUUUUCCAACUACUAUAACUAAGUGAGGUUCCGAAAAAAAAAAAAGGAUUAUGUUUCCAGUGGUCAAGCUUUGAAAACUGAAAGAUUUGAAAUGCUUUUCAUGCCUUGCUUGUUUUUAAACUGACAUGUCAAGAUGUGUACGAAUUUAAAGCCUGAUUAGCCAAGUGCCGACCAUGCACUUUCAUAUCAGGGUAAUUGAUUUAAUAGUAAUGGGGUUCAAGUUACCCCAGUACUGCAGUGUGGUAAAUGACUGUAUGUCUGCAAAGCUACAAAACUACGCUGUGUAGUUUAAUCGAGCCUUUUUAAUUUGUAUUUUAACUUUUGAUGACUACUUUCCAUUAUCUCCUGUGUGAUGACAUUUGCAUGGCCAUGACUGCCUUAUUCUGUGCUCUGUUUUUGUCACUGUUGCCUUUGCUGGUACAAUGAAUGCUCACUAGUGAUGUGAUAAGGGAGAAAAUGGGAUUUUGAUACCAAAUUAAUGGGUUAAAAUUAGUGCUGCAACUUUUUGUUAUUAUUUUACAUUUUCUUUUUUACAUACUUUACAUUUUCUCAUUCUAUAAAGUAAUCCAUAUUUAAUUCUAGCAGUAGAAUGCAAGUUCUCAUAUGGCAAAUCACACCAAAAAUUCAGAAAUUACCUUUACCAAAAAACAAACAAACCACAAACCACUGACAAAUUGGAUGAACAAAGCCAUAAAUGUAUGAUGUACUGAAUGACCAGGUUAUCCCAUCAAUAAGUUUUUACUUCUCUGAUGGCACCGGCAUUUUCCAGGACUCAUAUGAUGAAGAAUUAGUCCUGGGAAUGUAAUAAUUUUUCCACAAGAACUGGUCAGUGGUUGGAAUAUGCUAGGUAGGACUUUACAGAGUAGUUUGACUUUUCCGUCAUCAGUACAAGAUCUUGGUCAAAGGUUAAUGCAUCUCUGGAUGAAAAUAAAUGUUAUGAUGCUGCAUAAGGUUGAUGAAACAAGGCCAUAGCGAAUGUGUAUAACUAUAAUUGAUGCUCAAGGUGUUCCAAUGAAAUAUUGGGAUUAUUACCUUUUUUUUUUUUCGGCUUGCCGGGCAGUGCGUGGUAUGCCAGACUCAUGGUCAAAUUGCUCUUUAAGUAUUCUGUUUGCAGCCCUAGUUUAAAAAAUUGGGGGGAAAAGCCCUAUAAUUUGCAGUUAUUUGUGAUCAGGAAUCUGUUUGUCACAGUUUGUAAUAUUAUUACAUGUUUUCCAACAUUUAUAGAGAAUUUUACUAAAUUAUGGGAGUUCCAUCUCUCAGAAAGACAUUUAAUUUCUUUUUUAUAUUAGUCCAAAAAAGGAGGACAGGUUUUAUCUAAGGAGCGCAAAUGCUACCUAGGCAAGUUUCUCCCAAAUAUAAUGCACAUUUUAUGUGUUAAAUUUUGCAACAAAUUGUAGAACAUUGAUUAGCACAUGCCUAAUAUCCACUGCUUUUUAGUCAGCCAGUGGAACGCUUAAACAGUAUUUUACAUUUUACUUGUUGUCAUAUUGUAUAAUUAUUACAGGUUUGACUAAGAUGAUAAAGUUGGCAUUGACUCAGUAUUGACCAGCGGCGCGCUUUACAGUAUUUUAUAGAUUUAUUUGUUGCCAAGUCAUUUAAUUGCUUUUGCUUGAAUACAAAGUGAAUAGGAAUGAGACAAGCUUAAGCAGGCCUUAAUGUGAAAUCCUUAACCUGUGGUGCUCCACCUGGUGAGCCUGAAUUUAUUUUGUGGAGUUAAACAUAUUAGACUGUUUAUCAUCAUACAGGAGUCCAGAGACUUGAUAUGUUGCAUUUUUGAUGCUCCUAUCAAAACAUCAGUUAUGCUUAAAGCGUAUAGUUACAGUAGUUUAUCCCACAGUUAGACACAAAAACUGACAAAAAUGUUCCAGAGCACAAUUUGGGACUUGUUAUCCAUUUAGAUAUAAGUAAGUAAGGAUGAGAAAUGACCCACUUUUCUCUAAAUUCCUAUAUAUUAUUGACUAGACUAAAUAUUUUUAUGUCAAGAUCAGGCCUUAUAAUGGGACAGAAUGAUAACAAUAGAGCAUGGUCUCUCUCUGGACUGUUGUAUAAAACACUACUGACUCUUAUACAUUUACACAUUUUGUCAUGUAGCUUUCCAAUUAUUUUUGUCACUACAGUACAUGUUUCCAAGAGAGAAGCAUGUGGACCAUGUGUAUUUUUUUUUCUUUUUUUUCUUGUUAGUAUAAUUUAUACAGAAAGUGUUUUAUAGAUGUAAAUGAAUAUAUUACAAACUGUAUAUUGCAUAAAUAAACGACAAAUGCUGAAUAGCUGUCGAUCCCAA